AUGUCCAAAAGACAAACGCUGAGAGGUUUUGUGAAUGAGAGACUGGCAGCAGCUGCUAAUGAGAUCUUUGUGCUGGUGGAAAGAACAAUAACAGAGUAUGAAGAGGAGCUGUGUCGCUUCAAAGAAGAGAACAGGAGGAAACAGCAGCUCCUGGACCUGGUGUUAAGAUCACAAGCCCCGGGGCCCUCAGCAGAGGUCCACGCUCCGGUCCUGGACCAUGUCCUAGGACCAGAUGCAGCAGAGGUCCAGACCGAGUGUCUCAGUCAGAAGAAAGAACCCUCAGAGACCCCGCACACACAGGUUAAGGAGGAACCAUUGGAGAAAAGCAUCAAGCAGGAGGAGGGGCAGUUCCCAGAGUUCACUGUUUGUUAUGUGGAGAGUGAAGAGCAGACGUCUUUACGACAUACACAACCUGAGCCCAAAGAUCCACAGGGGGAAGACAAGAGAAGAGCCAACUCAAGCUCAAACCCUCAUGGAUAUGUGUACUCAGAGUAUGGACAAAGUGAUAGUGACCCUUCAGCCCACAGCUCAACAACACAACACAACACUUUUACUGUUGAGGAAGAUGACCACUCCAACAAAAUCCAGACAAAAUACAGAAACGCAGCUGCACACUACUCUGCUCAAGGCACCAGUCACACGUCUGCCCCUGAAACUAGUGGUAUUCCCAUGGACGAAAACAUGUCAAGUGUGAGGAUUAAGGAGGAACCACUGGAGGAAAGCAUCAAAGAGGAGGAGGGGCAGUUCCCAGAGUUCACUGUUUGUUAUGUGGAGAGUGAAGAGCAGAUGCCUUUACAACACACACAAACUGAGCUUAAAGAUCCACAGGGAGAGGACACGAGAAGAGCCAACUCAAGCUCAAACCCUCAUGGAUAUGUGUACUCAGAGUAUGGACAAAGUGAUAGUGACCCUUCAGUCCACAGCUCCACAGCACAGAUUGCACACAACUCUGCUCGAGGCACCAGUAACACAUAUCCCCCUGAAACUAGUGAUUGGUCCUCGCACAAGAGACACGUGCUGACUCACACCAGCCAGCCGCCUUAA